AAAAAAUAACUGACAUCAGAACAAUACAACAGAAGGACUUAAUAAAUCUGUGGAUAGUCAGUUUAGCAUUAACGUUGCUCUCAAAGCUUGAAAAAAUCAAAUGUUGUUUAGCAACGCAUUUACUAGAUAGAUUAUCAAUUAACUGGAAAAAAGCUUUAAAAUGCGAAGUUUGGCACUUCUUUUUAUGUCCAUUGCCUCAUUUGUUCUCUGUGCAUGUGAUCCACACACUGAUGAUGAAAUGGAGGAACUGAUGGCACUGAUCAAAGAUCGAAAAGCAGAGAAGCAAUCAACAGCUACAACGGCAUACAGUUCUCUCGCUGACAAACUUGAAGAUCAAAAACUGGACGAAGAUGAUAAGAUUGACGAAGAAUCCGAAACCUCUGAGUCAUUGGACGAUGAGAUCUCGGAGCCAAAUUACGUCGAUUUGACGGAUCUUUUAGAUGAACUCUUGAACGGCGAGGGGGGACCCUCGGACAAUGCGCAUCUGACGGACUCUUAUGACAAUGAAGAGAUCUCUGAGUACGAAUCGGAGUCGUCGGAGGAGCUGCUUGAGGAGGAAAAAGACAUUCUCACAGAGGAAAUGGGUUAUGAGGAGACCAAAACGGAAACAGAUACUCAAGUGGAAGAGAUAACAGACGAAGAAGGCAACAAGGAAGAAGCAGUACUAGUUGAGAAUGCGACUGUGUAUACUAACAAGGACGACAACAGCACAGUCGUGUUGAUCCAAGACUUGCUGAGGAUUCUCAAGGAUAAAGAUGAUGAAGAUGAAGAUGAUGAAGGGGAAGAUGACGAGGAAGUAGUGUACGAGGUUGAGGCUACAAGCGACGUGGAGUUAGAGGGACAGUUCGAUGAGAACCAGGCAUGCAGUGAGACGAAGCCGUGCGAGAGUGGUUUCUUCUGUCCUCUGGACGCUGGAGUUCUGGCCACGUGUACUGAGUGCAGAUCAGACAAUGCACAAUGUUUCUCCAAUUUGGAGUGUUGUGGGGUGCAAAGUGGGGCUGGGGGAGUUUGUUUUUUCGGAAGGUGCAAAGGGGGAGUGGAGAAGGGGAGUAGGGGGACACAGUGUGAUGGGAACGAAGACUGCAAUGAGGACCACUGCUGCCACUACAUGUCCGAUUUCCAGUUGAACAUGUGCGAGGCGGAGGCGGUGGAGGGGGAGGCCUGUUUGAGUGGGGAGAUGCAGAUGGCCACGGGGGUGUCUGAAAUAUUCGUGGAGGGGUGUGCACCCUGCCACACAAACUAUACCUGCCACACUGACAGUGGCAUGUGUCAAAAAAGCGAAACUGAAGACGAGGCGGAUGGACAACCUUGGAAAUAAUCGUGUCGGAAUCUACUCAUCGAACAAUCAUUCACAUCAGAACUUAAUUAUGCUUAACUCAACCUAUAAUUAAUAAAAAUAACCAUAUUUAAUCAAUGUUUCUAUCUGUAAUUAGAAGUCGAAAUCGGAGAUCUGAGGAUGGCGUUGAUUGAGUUCAAAUAAAGCAAGAAUGCUCGUAUCAAGGCAAAGCCCUGAGUUUUCCGACUGCAUUUGAAGGUCUAUGGAAAAGUGUUUGAUGUUAGA